UCGAGCUUGAAUAAAUGACCCUCGUGUGUUUGCAUCGAAAUCAGCUCCUUGUUGGUCUUUGGGGACUUCGCGAUCUGGGCACAACAUUUGGGGCCUCGUCCAGGAUCCCCAAGACCAACAGGAACCCCAUACCAGAGGGCUGACACCGGCCGGUAAGUGUCUCUGUGUCUGUGAAGUCUGGGGCCCAUUUUUUUUUGAGCAGGUCGGCAGACGGUCUAGGCAGACGUGCUGGAGGGCCGCCGAUCCGGGGUCCUGGAAGAUGUUCCGGACGCCCCUGGAGGGGAUGGAGUGCCCCGCGAGUCUCUGAGACUUCUGGAAGGAUGGUGCGGGUCGCUCCCGUGGCACGGUGUGAGGCUGCCGUCUCACUUUCAGUUUUGCCUCCAAUCGGGCGGAGGACGAUUUUGUCUUGCUUUUUGUUUUUCUGUUGUGUUUGUCUGUCUGUCUAUCGUGUAUUUUCAUCACUUGACUUGGACCGAGACGAUGGGACAGACUGCUACCACCCCCCUGUCCCUCAUGACAGACCCUUUUAAAAAAGUUACGGAGCGUGCUCAUAACCUAAGUUUAGAAGUUAAAAAGACUAAAUUCAUCACCCUCUGUAGCUCGGAGUGGCCCACCUUUGGAGUAGGGUGGCCACCCGAGGGGACCUUUGAUCUAGGGACCACAAGGAGAGUCCAGGAAGUCGUCUUCCGUCCUCAUACGGGACACCCUGACCAGGUUCCCUAUAUUGUCACUUGGGAAAAUCUAAUAUGUGACCCCCCUUCAUGGGUCAAGCCCUUUUUGCCUCCACAGAAACAGCAACCGGAGGUAAUCCUGACAGCCUGUGAAAAGACUCCCAGAGAACGCGAUGGAAAAAGGCAAACCGAAACCAAGCCAACUGCGCUGCUUUACCCGGUCCUCCAAGGAGGAACCGAGGAAGAUCUUCUUCUCCCCCCUUACCACUCUCUCUCUACUCCCCCGCGACAGCAGGCAGGGAAAGAAGUCCCGGCCCCAGCCAGAGCUGGACAGGGAGGGCCGGCCCCGGGCGCCGGCAGCGGGGAUGGCCCCGCCCAGAACAUGUGCCACCGGCAUGCUGCCUCGCUGGCAGGACUGGCAGACUCUACUAUUCUCCCGCUGAGAGCGACAGGGCCCCCUGAUGAGCACGGUAACCAACCUCAUCACUACUGGCCCUUCACCACCAGUGACCUUUAUAACUGGCAUACUCAACAAGCCAAAUUCUCAGACAACCCUAGGGAUUUAACUAACCUAUUAGAAACUGUUUUGUUCACUCAUCAGACCACCUGGGAUGAUUGUCAACAGCUCCUCCAGAUCCUGUUUACCACAGAGGAGCGAGAGAGGAUCCAAAAUGAAGCCAGGCAAUUGGUUCCUGGUGACAAUGGUCAACCCACCACCAAUGUUGACAGUAUCAACACUUCUUUUCCUUUGUCCCGGCCCGACUGGGACUUCAACACAGCAGAAGGUAAGGAGAGGCUCCGGGUUUACUGCCAGGCUCUGCUGGGAGGUCUCAAAGCAGCUGCUUGAAAGCCCACCAAUUUGGCCAAGGUAGGGGAUGUACAACAGGGACCGAACGAAAGCCCUGCAGCCUUCCUAGAAAGAAUUCAGGAAGCCUUCCGUAGGUAUACUCCUAUGGACCCAGAAGCAACUGAGAGAAAGGCAGCUGUAAUAAUGCAUUUUGUCAACCAGGCAGCGCCAGAUAUUAGGAGAAAGUUACAGAAAGUAGACAGAUUAGGAGAAAAGAGUAUUCAGGACUUAGUGGCAGUGGCAGAGAGAGUGUAUAACAACAGGGAAACUGCGGAGGAAAGACAGGUAAAGGCUGACAACCGCCAGACCUGAAACCUGGCUCGGAUCCUUCUGGCCACCACUGCAGGAGAGCCGAGAGAAUGUGAACGUCAUCUGAGAAAAAUUGCGGUGGAAGGAGAAGGUAAGGGGGAAUGCAGGGAGCGCCCCCGGUUGGGGAAAAAUCAAUGUGCUUACUGCAAAGAGGAAGGUCACUGGGCUUAGGAGUGCCCCAAAAAGAGACAGGGAGGCCACUCAAAGGCCCCCAUCCUGGCCAUGGACGAAAUAAGUGUGGGGGGACGGGGCUCGGCGCCCCUCCCCGAGACCAGGGUAACCCUUAAAGUGGAGGGGAAACCCGUUGAGUUCCUAGUAGACACCGGAGCUCAACAUUCAGUUCUGCUUAAACCACAUGGCCAUAUAUCUGACAAAACUUCCUGGGUCCAAGGAGCCACAGGCAUAAAAAAGUAUUCAUGGACUACCCGAAGAAUGGUGGACUUGGGAGUGGGCUGGGUAACCCACUCAUUUAUGAUUAUACCUGAUUGCCCCUAUCCUCUACUUGGAAGAGACUUGCUCACUAAGUUAGGAGCCCAAAUCCAUUUUCAGCCUGGGGGCGUGGAGGUCUUUAACCAGGAGGGAAAGCCCAUCCAAGUGUUAACUAUGAGCCUUGAGGAUGAGUAUCUGCUACACAGGGGCAGCCCCCCCCCGAAUCCUGAUGUGGAACAAUGGCUUUCCAUGUUCCUGCAAGCAUGGGCAGAGACUGGGGGCAUGGGGCUGGCUGCACACAGGACACCUGUGUUUAUAGAAAUAAAGCCAGGAGCGGACCCUGCAUGAGUUUGCCAAUAUCCCAUGUCCCUGGAGGCCCACAAAGGAAUAACUCCACACAUCAGGAGGUUACUUGCUCAGGGUAUUCUAAGGCCCUGUCAAUCGGCCUGGAACACCCCCUUGUUGCCGGUACGGAAACCCCGCUCAAAUGACUAUCGACUGGUGCAGGACCUCCGUGAGGUAAACAGAAGGGUCAUAGAUAUCCACCCUAUGGUGCCUAACCCAUACACCCUUCUGAGCUCAGUUCCCCCGAGCCAUCAAUGGUACACGGUCUUGGAUCUCAAGGAUGCCUUCUUUAGCCUUCCGCUGGCACCCAAAAGCCAGCAUAUCUUUGCAUUUGAAUGGAGUGACCCGGAACAAGGCCUCAACGGACAGUUGACCUGGACCUGAUUACCUCAGGGGUUCAAAAACUCCCCCACCAUCUUCGACGAGGCCCUGCAUGAAGACCUGGGUGAGUUCCGCCUCCAAAACCCCCAAUUGACUCUGUUACAAUAUGUAGAUGAUCUCCUUAUAGCAGCUAAGACGCAGGAGGCCUGCCUAGAUGGAACCAAGAAACUCUUGACGGUCAUAGGGGAACUGGGGUACUGGGCGUCUGCCAACAAGGCCCAAAUCUGUAAACCUGAGGAAAGCUACCUAGGAUACAUACUCAAAGAAGGGCAGAGGUGGCUGUCUGAUGCUAGAAAAGAGACAGUUCUCAAGAUACCCGCACCAGAUUCCCCUCAAAAGGUUAGAGAAUUCUUGGGAUUGGCUGGCUUCUGCUGCUUAUGGAUACCGGGGUUCGCAGAACUUGCAAGGCCCCUUUAUGAGACAACUAAAGACAAUCAGGCCUUUCAAUGGGCAGAAAAACUACAAAAGUCCUUUGAUCAAAUUAAAGCUGCCUUGUUGUCAGUGCCAGCCUUGGGCUUGCCUGAUGUCACUAAGCCUUUCUACCUUUACAUUGAUGAAAACAAAGGAGUUGCCAAGGGCAUCUUAGUCCAAUAUCUGGACCCGUGGCGCUGACCAGUAGCAUACCUGUCCAAAAAACUUGAUCCUGUUGCAGCUGGAUGGCCCCCAUGCCUGAGGAUGAUUGCUGCAGUGGCCCUGAUGGUCAAAGAUGCUGAUAAGUUGACCUUGGGCCAAGAACUGUAUGUGACCACCCCCCACGCCAUUGAAGGGGUUCUAAAACAGCCUCCAGAUAGAUGGCUCAGCAAUGCCCGCCUAACCCACUAUCAGGGCCUACUCUUAAACCCAACCUGAGUUGUCUUCCAGACCCCGGCUGCCCUAAACCCGGCUACAUUAUUGCCUGACCCAGACCUGGAGGCCCCGCUGCAUGACUGCACUGACAUCUUGGCUCAGGUACACGGGACCCGAGCAGACCUGAAAGAUCAACCAUGGCCAGAUGCUGAAGACACCUGGUACACUAAUGGGAGCAGUUUUAUUCAGGAUGGCCGAAGGUAUGCUGGGGUGGCUGUGGUCACUGAGACUGAGGUCGUUUGUGCUGAACCCUUGCCCACUGGAAUGUCAGCACAGCGAGCAGAGCUCAUAGCGCUAACCAAGGCACUGACUCUGGGAAAGGGCCAAAAGCUAAAUAUAUACACAGACAGCAGGUAUGCUUUUGCCACCGCUCACAUACAUGGGGCCAUAUACAGGGAAAGAGAACUGUUAAUGGCUGAAGGAAAGACUAUUAAAAACAAAAAGGAAAUUCUCGCCCUACUGGAGGCCCUAUGGCUGCCAAAGAAAUUGGCUAUUGUCCACUGUCCCGGGCACCAAAAAAACGAUACUCCGGUUGCCCGAGGAAAUAAUUUGGCCAACCAGACAGCUCGAAAAAUAGCCCUAGAGGCUGAUCUGAUGCUGACCACUCAACUGCCCAAUCAGGGGGGCGCUGCUUUGCCAGAAAAACCUCAGUACACUGAGGCGGACUUAAAAUGGAUAAAACAACUGCCCAUGACCCAAUGCCUCAAAGGAUGGUGGAAAUCAUCUGACUGCAAAAUCAUUCUACCUGAGGCCUUGGGAGAACAAGUUCUCUCCAAAAUGCACUGAUCCACCCACAUGGGUGUCCGCAAGAUGCAGGACCUCUUAAGACACACUGAAAUCAAGAUUCGAGAUGCCAGUACCAAAAUAGAAUGCAUUGUUGCUACUUGCAAGACCUGCCAACUGACCAAUGCUACCUCGAUUAAGGCUAACCCUGGCAGCAGAUUGAGAGGAGACCGACCUGGCGUAUACUGGGAGCUAGACUUUACUGAGGUAAGACCUGGAAGAUAUGGUUACAGAUACCUGCUAGUCUUUGUAGACACUUUUUCAGGAUGGACAGAAGCUUUUCCUACCAAACAUGAGACAGCACAGAUUGUGGCCAAAAAGCUGCUAGAAGACAUCUUUCCAAGGUAUGGUUUCCCAGUAAUGUUAGGAUCAGACAAUGGACCCGCCUUCGUUUCCAAGGUGAGUCAAAGUUUAGCUCAGGUACUAGGGGCAGACUGGAAAUUACAUUGUGCAUACAGACCCCAGAGUUCAGGGCAGGUAGAGAGAAUGAACAGGACCUUAAAAGAGACCUUAACUAAAUUAGCCUUAGAGACUGGCAGCAACUGGGUGGCUCUCCUUCCCUUUGCCCUCUAUAGGGUAUGCAAUUCACCCUAUAAGAUGGGACUGACUCCCUUUGAGAUCAUGUUUAGGAUACCUCCUCCUAUUGUCCCUAACAUCCAGUCAAAAGUGCUUGCUGAAUUUGAUGACCAAAAAUCGUUAUUUUCCUUAAAAAGCCUCCAGCGUGUUCAUGAGGAUGUCUGGCCUAAAUUGAAAGCCCUGUACGAGUCUGGACCACCGCCCGAGCCCCAUCGCUACUGACCAGGGGACUGGGUCUAUAUUCAGAGACAUCGACAAGAGAACCUUGAGCCUCACUGGAAAGGACCAUAUGUUAUAAUUCUGACCACGCCCACAGCUCUUAAAGUCGAUGGGAUAGCCACUUGGGUACACUACACACACGUUCGACCAGCGGACCCCUUUGCAGUUCGAGACGACUUCACCCCACCAUGGCGAGUGUCCAGAGACCGAGACAACCCCCUCAAACUCAAAUUACGUCACCAACCAUCUUAAUGACGGUAAUGAUUCUCUAUCCAACGGUGUUAAGAGGACAACACAUUCCCCUUAAUAUGACUUGGAUCAUUACUAGUGCCUCCACAGGUGAAAUUGUAAAUAGCUCUUCCAAAACGGCCCCCCCAUUAACCUGGUGGCCUACCAUAAACUUUGACCUGUGCUUACUAGCAGCAGGAACAUGGGAUAUCGGAGACUGGGAAACAAAAUCAAAAGGAAAACCUGAAUGUGCAGAGGGUAUCAAUAGAUGUAACAUGAGAGUAUCAACCUCCUCUGCCCCCGGGUGCAGUCACCCCUUCCAGAGAGCCGCUUUGUGAACCACCCCGUUCUACGUUUGUCCAGGAGGAGGACACAAGCAAGCCCAGACCAAUAAAUGUGGAGGUCCUGAUAA